AAGUUAUUUGGGACGGAGGGAGUAAAAAAAUGAAUAAACUAUUACAAAUUUCUUGUGAUUUUAGGAUAGGCAAGACUUUGAUUUUUCGGAGACGGAGUUAUAAAUAAGGACUACCAAAUUAGAAAUGGGGUUCGGCAGGACCGCAGAAUUGAUCAAAUCCACUAUUAAUCCCAUGGCGACCAUUUUCUCUCCCUCCGCCUUGUUCUCCGCCACCGCGAAACCGCCGCAGCAAGCCAAGUCUCAAGUGUCCCUACCGCCGCCCAAACCGUCCUUGGCAAACAUAUCAACAGCCGCCGCGGCAACAGCGUUAGCCACCGUGAUUCUGACCACGGCGCAUCCUUCCCUAUCAGAAACCCCAACCUACUCCGUCUACUACGGCACGGCCUCCAGCGCCGCCAAUUACGGCGGCUACGGUGGAAAUUCGGACAGGAAGGCGUCGGCGGAGUACAUCUACGACGUGCCUGAGGGGUGGAAGGAGCGCCUGGUGUCCAAAGUGGAGAAGGGAACCAACGGGACAGAUUCGGAGUUCUACAACCCUAAGAAGAAGAGCGAGAGAGAAUACCUAACUUUUCUGGCCGGAUUCCGGCAAUUGGCGCCGCCGGAUAUGGUGCUGAACAACUUGGCGCUGUCGGAUGUGGAGUUGCAGGAUCUGAUCGGCGGCGCGGACGGCGUCCGAUCGGCGGAGAGGAAGGACGAGAAGGGGCAGGUUUACUACGAGUACGAGAUCGACGGCGCCGGAGCUCACAGCUUGAUCUCCGUGACAUGUGCUAAGAACAAGCUGUAUGCGCACUUCGUGAACGCGCCAUUGCCGGAGUGGAAUCGCGAUGAAGAUAAGCUGAGGCACCUUCACCGUUCAUUCAAAACAGUUGGGUGAAUGAAUUUAUCAAUGUAAAGAGUUAAUUCUGAUGAGAUCAUAUUAUCCCUUAAUCUAAGACCCUUCAAUUGUUUUUUUCAAGUACUCUUGCUCGAAAUUGUUGUUAUUACCAGAGUAUAAAAACUUUUCUUUAGCUUAACGAAAGAUUUGAGUUUUUGAUUGAAUUAUUACUCCGUAUUUGACAUGAUAUCAGAUCUUUGUUAAUCAAAAAAUCACGUUCCAACAUUUGUUUCAUCUCUUUUUUAAUGAUAUUGGAAGAAUUUUUAAAGAAAUAAAUAUGUCGUGU